AUGUUCGACGCUAUAUCCCGGAAGCCCAUCCCGCGCAACGAAGAUGUCGAGGACUUCUCGGUAUCAGGGAACAACGACUUAAAAUUGAUGGUCGUAGGUGACUCUAUGACUCAGGGCCAUGAAGGGGACUGGACAUGGCGAUAUCGAAUUUGGCAGUGGUUCCAGGAGCAGAGAAUCACCACUAAUUUUGUCGGUCCUUACACCGGCACCGUCCAGCCAGACAGCCCGAAGCCACCAUCACCUCCACCUCUUUAUGGCUCCCCCAAGCCUAGAAAAGGCGUCAAAGUAGAUGGCGGCUAUGCGCGUGGCGCUUUAGACGACUUUGAUAGUCACCAUUUUGCUGUUUGGGGUCGGACCGCUGCCACGGAUAAGAAUCUGAUACAGGAGGUUCUGAGGGCUUAUCCGGCAGAUCUAAUGCUAUUGAUGUUGGGGUUCAAUGAUCUGGGAUGGCUUCAAAGUGAUGCCCCUGGAACCCUUGAUAGCAUUAAAACGUUGGUUGAUAACGCUCGUAAGGUUAACCCCUACCUUAAGUUUGCUAUUGCCAAUAUUCCUCAACGGGCGAUGAUGAAUGGGCGUGAGGAUUUGCCUCGUUCCACACGUGAAUAUAACGAUCUAUUGCGCAAUGUGAUCCCUCAGUGGAGUACGGCCGCCUCUCCUAUUCAUUUAGUCGAAGUCUGUGAGGAAUAUGGCUGUGGGCCUGAUGGAUGCCCUGCAGGUUAUGAUGGCCUUCAUCCGAAUGCUACUGGAGAAUAUGAAAUUGCACGCGCAUUCUCACUCACUCUGGUGAGAGAUUUUAAAAUUGGCUCCACCCCGCUGGUAAUACCCAAAAACAUACCGAAGCGGUCCUUACCUCGCCCGAAAAAUUUCAAGGUAGUCUCCAGCCCCGGGGGCGUUACCGUCUCUUGGGAUGCAAUAUAUGGUGCGAUGAGUUACGAUGUUAGAUCUAGGAUAUCUGGAGUUACGGACUUCCACACCGGCAGUGUCUCUUCAAAUCGAUGGGACGCUCAAUGGACCCAGGAAGGCUGGACCUACGAGGUCCAAGUUCGUGCAAGUGCAGGCAAUACACUUAAAGGCCCAUGGACUGUUAUUAAAUCAGCGAAAUCAACUCCUAAAACAGCACCUGGCCCCGAUAAUGUGCUGAUCAAUGCCACCGCUACCGGGUUCGAUGUCUCAUGGGACUCUUGUUCUAAUGAUUUCAAAGUUACGGAAUAUGAAGUUUUGUACUGGGAUAAAGAUGAAGAAUAUACAUUCAUCUCUAGUGCAGGCUUUGAAGAGUCCCCAGCACAUGUUGGCGAUCUUAUUCCGGGACACCAUUAUCAACCUGCUAUUGUUUCAUGGAACGAUGCCGGUGGAGGAUUCCCCAAGAUGAUACGCAGUGUCACUGUCGGCCGAGGCACUCCUCCAGUGCCUACUGACUUGGAAGUUAUUGCCAAAGAUGCAACAUCUGCUCAUAUUACGUGGACUGGUUCUCCUAUUGCGGCUGGUUAUCAACUCUGGUUCCGUAAUGUAAAUGAGCCAGACAGCGUGCUUUGCAAGAUCAAUGGAACUGAGAGCAAGCCUUCCAGUGACCAAUAUUUUCUGGUACCUGGUGUUUGGAACUUUGAGUGGUGUGUUAGUGCCUUUAACGGGAGUGCCGAGUCAGACAGGUGCAAAUGUGUGCUUGCUCCGCGUCCAUCUAAUUCCGAUUCAACUAUGUCAUCUAGUGGCUGCUCUGAACAAGAUAUCAACUCGGUUCAUGAUUCAGACAAGGUUGAAGAGGCUGAUGGGAGGCCAACAAGUGGGCACAAACAAACACCUUGUAGCACUGGCUCUCACUGCGGGACCCCUAGAGCCGAAAGGGAAAACUCCUGGGGGGUCCUAUGUGGUACAUGCGGCUAUAUCGAGGAAAAUGAUGCUGGCUACAUCAGCUCUGGCGUUAAUCAUCAAUCCCAUGAGGACAGAUGCUCUAAAGAUGAAUGUAAGGAUCAUGACUGUGCUGAUGCAGACUGCUGGAUACACGUCUGUAGUCAUGCUGGCUGUAAAAAGGUGAAGGAGAGCUCUUUUACACACUGA